UGCUUACAAUCAAAUACAUGACCAUGGGGGAUAUGAAGACCCCAGAUUUUGAUGACCUUCUCGCAGCCUUUGACAUACCAGACAUGGUUGAUCCAAAAGCAGCUAUUGAAUCUGGACAUGAUGACCAUGAAAGCCACAUAAAACAAAAUGCUCAUACAGAUGAAGAUUCUCAUGCUCCAUCAUCGUCUGACGUUGGUGUGAGCGUCAUUGUGAAAAAUGUGCGUACUAUUGAUUCUUCCGAAGGAGUGGACAAGGAUGGCCACCAUUCCACAGGCAAUGGCUUGCAUAAUGGCUUUCUAACAUCAUCAGCUCUUGACAGUUACAGUAAAGAUGAAGGGAAGUCACUUAAAGAUGAUGGGUCAGCUUCUGAGACUACACUGAAGGAUUCGGCUUUCAACCAGUUUAGCCCAAUAUCAAGUGCUGAAGAAUUUGAUGAUGAUGAAAAAAUUGAGGUGGAUGACCCCCCAGAUAAAGAGGAGAUGCGUGCAAAUUUCAGAGCAAAUGUCUUGGCAGGAUCUGUAUCUCAGCAGGAAUAUGACAAACUAAAGGCACUUGGAGGGGAGAACUUGAUUAAAUCUGGAAUCCCUGUUUCAAGUAGUAUAGAUAAAAAUAAAGUUGCUAAACGAGAGUCAGAGACAAACUCCAUGAAUUUAAAUGUCUAUGAGCCUUUUAAAGCUCGAAAAACAGAGGACAAGUUGCUAAAAGACAAUUCUGAGAAGCUUCUUGAAAACAGGGUACUUGAUGGAAAACUGAGUACUGAAAAAGGUGAGACAAAUCUUGCCAGCAUUUCACAGUCCAAAGCAAAGUCAUCAGCAAAGCUUUCUUCAUGCAUUGCUGCUAUUGCAGCACUGAGUGCUAAAAAGGCAGCUACAGAUACCAGUAAAGAUUUACAGUCUAAUUCAGGAGAUUCUUCUCCAUUACCAAAAGACAUGAGUGAAAGUCCCCGGGCUAUUGAAAAAUCACCUGAAUCUCAGAGUCUCAUUGAUGGUGCUAAAAAGCCAUCUGUCAAACCACCUGAUAGUCCCAGAAGUGUGUCGAGUGAGAACAGUAGCAAAGGGUCUCCAUCUUCGCCUGCAGGGUCAACACCAGCAAUUCCUAAAGUCCGCAUAAAAACCAUCAAGACUUCUUCUGGGGAGAUCAAGAGAACCAUUACUAGAGUGUUGCCAGAAGUUGAUUUGGACUCUGGUAAAAAGCCGGAGCAGACUGCUUCUAUGGUAACUUCCAUGACAUCUCUCCUGUCCUCACCAACUUCUGCUGCUGUUCUUUCCUCUCCUCCUAGAGCUCCUCUCCAGUCCACAGUUGUCACCAAUGCAGUUGCAUCUGCAGAACUUGCACCAAAACAAGUCACUAUCAAACCUGUGGCUACUGCCUUUCUCCCUGUUUCAGCAGUUAAAACAGCAGGUUCGCAAGUGAUUAAUUUGAAGCUUGCUAACAAUACUACAGUGAAAGCCACUGUAAUAUCUGCUGCUUCAGUGCAGAGUGCCAGUAGCGCUAUUAUAAAGGCUGCCAAUGCUAUACAACAGCAAACUGUUGUGGUGCCAGCAUCAAGCCUUGCCAGUGCUAAACUUGUGCCAAAGACAGUCCAUCUUGCCAAUCUUAAUCUUCUGCCUCAAGGUGCUCAAACCACCUCUGAACUCCGCCAAGUGCUAACGAAACCUCAGCAACAAAUAAAGCAGGCAAUAAUUUCUGCAGCAGCCUCGCAGCCUUCUAAAAAAGUGUCUCGAGUCCAGGUGGUGUCAUCUCUGCAGAGUUCUGUAGUGGAAGCGUUCAAUAAGGUGCUGAGUAGUGUCAAUCCUGUACCAGUUUACAUCCCGAACCUUAGUCCCCCUGCCAACGCUGGGAUAACAUUACCAACACGAGGUUACAAGUGUUUGGAGUGUGGCGACUCAUUUGCUCUUGAGAAGAGCCUUACCCAGCAUUAUGACAGGAGGAGUGUGCGAAUUGAAGUAACAUGUAAUCAUUGUACAAAGAAUUUAGUUUUCUACAAUAAAUGCAGUCUUCUUUCCCAUGCUCGUGGACACAAGGAAAAAGGAGUUGUAAUGCAGUGUUCACACCUGAUUUUAAAACCAGUCCCAGCAGAUCAAAUGAUAGCGUCUCCUUCAAGCAAUACUGCUGUGUCUAUGCUUCAAGGCCCUGUGGGAGCUGGCACGCACACUGUAACAAAGAUGCAGUCUGGCAUAACUGGGACAGUGAUCUCGGCCCCAGCAAGUACACCCGUCAUUCCAGCUAUGCCACUGGACGAAGAUCCGUCGAAACUCUGUAGACAUAGUCUAAAGUGUUUGGAGUGUAAUGAAGUUUUCCAAGAUGAGACAUCUCUUGCGACUCAUUUCCAGCAGGCUGCAGACACAAGUGGACAAAAGACAUGCAAUAUCUGCCAGAUGCUGCUUCCUAACCAGUGCAGUUUUGCAUCACACCAGAGAAUUCAUCAGCAUAAAUCUCCAUACACGUGUCCUGAAUGUGGAGCAAUCUGCAGAUCUGUCCACUUCCAGACUCAUGUCACUAAGAACUGCCUGCAUUAUACCCGAAGAGUGGGUUUUCGCUGCGUGCAUUGCAAUGUUGUAUACUCUGAUGUGGCGGCACUCAAGUCUCAUAUUCAAGGUUGUCACUGUGAAGUCUUUUACAAGUGUCCUAUCUGUCCCAUGGCAUUUAAAUCUGCUCCCAGCACACACUCCCAUGCCUAUACACAACACCCGGGUAUCAAGAUAGGCGAACCAAAAAUAAUAUAUAAAUGCUCUAUGUGUGACACUGUGUUUACUCUACAACCUUUGCUCUAUCGCCACUUUGAUCAGCACAUUGAAAACCAGAAGGUGUCUGUUUUCAAGUGUCCAGACUGUUCUCUUCUGUAUGCACAGAAACAGCUUAUGAUGGAUCAUAUCAAGUCUAUGCAUGGAACUUUGAAAAGCAUUGAGGGGCCACCAAACCUGGGGAUAAAUCUGCCUCUCAGUACUAAACCCACAACUCAGAACUCAGCCAGUCACAACAAAGAGGACACAAAAUCUAUCAACGGAACAGAAAAGCUGGAGAAGAAAUCUCCUUCUCCCAUAAAGAAAGCAGAACCUAAAAAAGUGGCUAAUCCUGGCUGGACGUGUUGGGAGUGUGAUAGGCUCUUCACUCAGAGAGACGUUUACAUCUCUCACAUGAGGAAAGAACAUGGAAAG